GUCUUGACGUCAUUUUGGUGAAGGGGCGGUCAGACGGCGGUGGGUAGGUGCUGGAGAGGCAGCAAGCGGAGGAUGCUUACAUUAAGGAGUGUUGACUGAGGCCAGAAGGUGCAGGGGCUCUGGUGGCAGGAACGACAACAUCCAGGUUCAAUGAAGGAUGAAGAGCCCGGUGCACAGGUGCAGAGAUGUGGAACACGGUCGUGGUCAAGCUGGUACCAGGUCUGGGUCCAACUGCCUACAGCCUGAACAGCGCAUCCCCAUCGCCAAAGACGUCAUUACUUCCUCCUCUUCUUCUGCCAUGUGGUUCAUCAGGGACACCUGCGGCAUCAUGUGUUCCAUCAUCACAUGGCUGCUAAGACAAGUCGUGGGGGCAGCAGCCUAAGUCGAGAGGCCCAAACUUCCCUCUCCCAAGCCCAUUGGGCCAGCUCUUCUGGGGGAAUCCCAAGGUGUUCUCUGGCCAGGAGUGUUGACUGAGGCCAGAAGGUGCAGGGGCUCUGGUGGCAGGAACGACAACAUCCAGGUUCAAUGAAGGAUGAAGAGCCCGGUGCACAGGUGCAGAGAUGUGGAACACGGUCGUGGUCAAGCUGGUACCAGGUCUGGGUCCAACUGCCUACAGCCUGAACAGCGCAUCCCCAUCGCCAAAGACGUCAUUACUUCCUCCUCUUCUUCUGCCAUGUGGUUCAUCAGGGACACCUGCGGCAUCAUGUGUUCCAUCAUCACAUGGCUGCUAGUGUUUUAUGCUGAGUUUGUUGUGCUGUUUGUAAUGCUGCUACCCUCCAAAAACCUCUCGUACAGCAUUACAAACGGGAUUUUGUUCAACACUUUGGCCUUUCUUGCUCUCACCUCGCACCUCAGGGCUAUGUGCACUGACCCUGGGGCAGUGCCCAAAGGGAAUGCUACUAAAGAAUACAUAGAAAGCCUCCAGCUGAAGCCGGGGCAGGUGGUCUACAAAUGUCCCAAGUGCUGCAGCAUCAAGCCCGACCGAGCACACCACUGCAGUGUUUGUAAACGAUGCAUACGCAAGAUGGACCACCACUGUCCAUGGGUCAACAACUGUGUUGGAGAGAACAACCAAAAGUACUUUGUGCUUUUCACAAUGUACAUUGCACUCAUCUCUCUCCACACUCUGCUCAUGGUGGUAUUUCAUUUCCUUUACUGCUUUGAAGAUGAUUGGACAAAGUGCAGUUCCUUCUCUCCUCCAGCAACUAUCAUCCUCCUCAUUCUCCUGUGCUUUGAGGGCCUCCUCUUCCUCAUCUUCACCUCUGUGAUGUUCGGCACCCAAGUCCACUCCAUCUGUACGGAUGAAACUGGGAUCGAGCGUCUGAAGGGGGAGACGGGGAAGUGGGGGAAGGUGCCAUGUUGGGAGGCCAUGAAGACAGCAUUUGGAGGUUCCUUCUCUCCGUCCUGGUUUAGUCCCUUCUCUGCACUGAGCUGCAAACCGGACCCAGUAGAGCACAUCACCGUCCCGCAGGGGGACAUCAUCGAGGAGGACGUCAUCGAGAUCCCACUCAGCUAGUGAGGAGGGCUUCAAAGCCCAUCAGGUGUUUAAGAGACUGCUUAACUAUUUGACAUCAUUCCUGUCCCCGUGAUGGAAACAUGUUUAUCGCCGUCUCCUUAAAGGCGGCGUCGAGUUUCCUGAAGCGGGAGGAGCUGUAGGUGUUUUACAGCGAUUAGCUAGCCUAGCGAACUGGAACCAUAUUCACUAUAUAGGAUAGCUUGCCAGGCUAGUGCGUAGCGUUUGCUUCAGGUUCUUUUCACAAUGUAGACAGCUUUAAUAUCUCCACAUUCACCAUGCUCCCUAACCUGUUAAACCAGUAUGCCCAGUUGUCAACCAGCUACCUUUACUUUCACAUUCUUUUCAUCCUGCUUCCAGAAACACUAACACGAGCCUGCGUUAGCAUCAAUGCCAAUUACUGUGUAGCAGCAGCCCAGCUUCCAGCAGGUCAUCUGUGUCGGAGAAGAACGUUGGCGCGCUAACAUUUAGCUGUGGUAGCCACUGAGUCGGCGGCACUAGCAUCAGGCUCUUCAGCACACCGACCUCUGCAGAGCGCCAACAUCACUGCUGUAGGGUCGGAUAAGGGUCCAUGACUGAAACCCACCCAGUUUCCACUCGGCUGCAGCCAACGCCACGAUGGGUGUCUGCACCCUGCAGCCCUUGGGUGUUUCUCAGUGUCAAGGUGCCUGGCCUUGCGAGGCCCUAACCCUAACCCAAGCAACUAACCAACCAUAGAUAACUUCUUUGGAUCUAAAAACACAUUUUAAAUUAUUUGACUUACUUUUAAACUUGAAAAUUGUCCCUGAAGUAGCUGCCGGCUUCUGACCCAUCAUCCUUUUGAAAAUACCGCGGUGUAUUCUGGGUAAUUUUAGACCAAGGCUAGGCUACAAGACACCUCCUGUGUGUCCUUGCUCAGCUAGCUAAACGGCUAACAAACGGAGAACAUGAACACUGGAAUCGAUUGGAAUACAUCAUGGCGGCUCCUGAUGACAAAUCUCCUAGGCAACCGGGGCGGGGCCAAGACAUCAAGGCAAGGUUUCUUGACAUUGAGAAACACCCCCUGCGUUUGAUUGUGGUGAGAAAUGAUGCACACCCAUCCCACAUCCCAGUGAGCAGAAGAGAAGUGAGCCUCUUCAGAACACCACUAAGGACUACGCUCAUCCUGUGCCUUAUCCUGGGACCUCCUUUAUGAUGCUUGUUUACACCCAAAACGGUCUGGAAACUGCAUUUAUAUAGUUUAUCAGGAAAAAAGGGUGAUUUGGGGGUGACUUGCUCUUUAAAGUUCCCGCGUUUUUUCAUCAAGUGCUUCAUUAGAAAUCAGCGUGUAGGUAGAAAGUGACUCGUGCCGUUUUCAGACCUGGUUUCUUGCAUAAGCACGCUUCACAAAUGAGGCCCCAGGACCACAACUCUUUAUUUAGCAUCAAACCUAAGCUGCUGUUCUAACAGCUGACGGUUGUGGAUGCCACGGUAACUAACUGGUUUUAUCUGCCUUUGGUAAAAACACACGCCACAGAAAGGAAACCUCUGAGUUUAUUAUAACCGAUUCUAAUUUCAUAUCAAAGUUUACUCGAGGCUGUUCACAAACCUCGAGCGUCUGACGUUUCCGGUCCUGUGGUGUGAAGUUCUGUCCAGAACCGGCUGGCUGCCUCUCUUUAUGUUGAACCUUGUUUUUAAUGUAGCUCUUUUGUGUUUAUCUUUUGUAAUUUUCCAUCAAAGUUAUAUUUUGUAUUUUCAAACCAAAUAAAGCGUUCAUUCCUGUAA